GGUUUUCUGCGAUCAUUGACGGUGACUCUCAUUGGGAAUCAGUUCUCGUCAAUAUUCCGAUUUCCAGAAGACGGGAUUAAAGAAAAGGACGAACAUAGAGAGACAUCUGAAGGGUAAAGGAAAUGAUCAUGUCAACGACGGAUAAAAGAGACAUUUCUGAGAUGUAUUGCCAGUAGAAAGGGGUGGAAAUUAACAGCUGGUUGUUUUGUCGCUCAAAAUUAUUGGGAUGCUAUAGCAUUGCAUUUUUAUAUCGUAGUCAGAGUGCUGGAGAAAUCAUUCAUUCAGCGUCGCUCAUUUUGUAUAAAUUGUAUGUAUUACAGAAUAGUUAUCAGAAAGUAUAUACAAAUCUAAAUUAAAAUAGCAGAAAUAGAAAUAUACAUCAAUUUCCAAAAUUAUAACGAACUACAGGAAGCAUAUGUGUCGUUGGUAUGCGUCAUAAACCAGAUACAAUACGUCCUGGUGGCAAGUGCAGUGUCCAUUAAUAUUAUUAUUGUCGUUAUUAUUAUUCAAAUACUUUUCCAGGUUGCGGUAAAGUGACUUGUAAAUUGUAAGUAAUGCUUCUUGAAUAACUAGCUACAGUCCAUUUGCAUUUUUAUGUGCACUCCUAAAGUUAUUUUUAAUGACAGAAUAAAUAGAAUAACAUUGCAGUUGAAUAUCAACAGAAAAUGCGUGAGUACAAAGUGAUUGUAAACACUGCAGUACUUAUAUUCGCCACCUGUCAGUCACUGUGACCUUAUGUAUGCAGUAUUGAUAAAUGUGCCGUAAUCUGUGUGAACAGAUUAGAAUUUGUUCACCUGAAGUUAACAAACAGGCACCUGAAGAUUGUAUGGAUUUAUCAUUGUAGUUUUCAGAUUGAUAUAUUCCAGAAAACAAAAGCAAUAACAAAUUAAACAAAGUGCUGAAAUAUUGUUCUGACUGCACUGUGACCGACUAAAGCCAAAACACAGAAAGUGCGUGUGCUUCCUGUAAUAUAAAGUUGUGGUUUGGAAGUUCUGCUCACUAGUCAUUAGCUCAGGUCUUCCACCUGCACAGCUGUUGCAGGUUAUACUGAGUCUUGCAUUUAUUGGAAUUUUGUUUACUGCAUUAAGUGAACCAUAAUUGUCUUCCUGGAAUAAUGUUGGCUGUUGAUCAUAUGGAGAUGCUUUUUGAGGGGAUUUGAAAGGCACUCAGCCAGUACUCAUUAAAGGCAUGAACAGACAAUCAAAAGUUUAUAAAUAAAUGAGCAUAACCUCAGAAGACAACUCCAAGGACAUGAGCUUAAGGUGUUUAAGGACUCACAGGAUUAUAAUCAAAUUCAUCAGAUCUGAAAUCAGUGUAUGAAGUCAUAUAUAGAAUUCAACGUGAUGCAAGAGCUGCAAACAUUUUGCAAGUGCCAUUAUCAGGGUUGUGGCUCAGCCCCUGCCAGCAUUUGCUGAUCGCUAUUACAGACUGAAUAUAGUUCAGAGCACAGAUUAAAGGGGAGCAAGAAGAGUAACUAACUUGGACUGCAAGUGGCUAAGAACGGAGGCAUCUUGUGUGUACAGGAAGGCAAAGUGCACUGGAGGACCUGUUCUGAGCAGCCAGACACGCCCAUCCACCACGAGCAUGCCUGCACUGCGGCUGCUGCUGGGCCCGGCCCUCCUCUGCCUGCUCUACGACUCGCAGUGCCAUGCUGCCUGUGUGGAAGUGGACUCGGAUACCGAGGCUGUGGCUGGACAUGGCUUCAAGCUGGGCUGCAUCUCCUGUAAGAUGAGGGGCGAAGUUCCUGCCAGUGCCACUGUUGAUUGGUUCUUUAAGGCCCAAGGGGAGAGUGACUUUGUUCAGAUAUAUAGUUAUGAGGAUGAGACUGCUACAAUCACGGAUGAGCGCUUUGAUGAACGGCUUUACUGGAAUGGCAGCAAGAAGACAACUGACCUGCAAGAUGGUUCCAUUUUUAUACUCAACGUCACCUUCAAUGACACAGGCGUCUACCGAUGCUUCUUUGAACGUAUCCUCACAUACAACGACUACAAAUUUCACACUAAUGCUUCCAAAUUCAUCCACAUCAACGUAGUGGCCAAGGCCACCAGAGGGAUGGCGUCCAUUUUCUCAGAGGUGAUGAUGUAUGUGUCUAUUAUUGGACUACAGCUGUGGUUGGUGGUGGAGAUGGUCUACUGCUACCGGAAGAUAGCAGCAGCUGGUGAGGAGGCACUUCGAGAGAGCGCGGCUGAAUAUCUAGCUAUAGCUUCAGAGAGUAAAGAUAACUGUGCUGGAGUGCAGGUGGCAGAAUAGCACAGGUAACAUGCGUGACUUUUUCUUUUCCUUAUCUAUGCUACCUUGCUCUGGAAACAUCCCAGGAUACAAUACAGAGUACUUUGCUAACGUUUUAUUUUUUUAAUCGGUGAUGAACAACAUUGAUGUGCUGUCACAUAAAGCAUUAACAUCAACUUAAUUCCUUGAAAUAUGUCCAUCACACUUUUAGUUUUACAUCAACAAAAAAAUCUAUGACAAACCUGUAUGUAUAUUAGGACUAUUUUAAUGUGAUGAAAAUUGAAAAAUGGAUCCCCCCCUCAAAAAAAAACAAAACAUUUUUUUUGUAUUUUAGUAUUAAAUAUGGUGUGGGUGAUGGGUGUUAUAUUAAUGUGUGAAAAAGUAACUAUGGAAUGGAUUGAUUCUUAAACCAAAAUAAUGGGCAUAUUGAAAUGUACAUAAAUAUGUACAUUCCUAAAGAUCAUUAAGAGAGUAUCAUUGUAAAACUGCUGAAAUGACUGUGCAUGUAGUCUAGAGGCAAUGGGCUUUAUAUAUUUACUAAAUUAUAUUUAUUUAUAUAAAGCAAUGCAUGUGAUUAAGGUACCAAUAAGGAUCCUAAUGUAUGUAAAGUCUUUGUUGACAAAAAUGUAUUUUUUUCAUGGAUUAUUAAUUAGAAAUGUGAUAGAGAUUUCUCAGAAGCUUCUAAAAUCUUCCCAGACUGAAUUGUGUUAGCAGAUAGUUUCAGCAUUUUUACAUCCUAUGUUAUAGUUUUGUAUACCUCUACUGUUUAGAACUCCCGGAAGAAAAAGGGUUCUACCUCAGUCCAGCUUCUAUAAUACCUAUGGGACAAUGUUACAAGUAUUUAUUUAUUAAACUGUACAAAUCCAACACUGCAUAUGUAUACACUCUAUAUGUACAUAAGAUAUUUUAAUUUCUACUACCCAGUGCAAUUAAAAUGUACUAAAUACAGUUUAAGGUGCAUGUAUUCUGAGAUUGGAGUCUUUAUUAAAAAAUAUUAUUUAUAAUUAGCCAAAUAUAUAUAGGACUUCACUAGGAAUUUUACCAACAUUGUCACCAGUUCAUUCGUGACACUGAAUUCUUUUUUCAUGGAAUUCAGAUACCUUGCAACUGAAAUUUAUUAUUUUGAAACCCAAGCAGUUAGUGUCGUAUGACUCAUUUAAACAUACAUGAGAGGAACUGUUGAUUCAAUGCAUUUACAUCUCAAUAUAGCUUUAGUGUGAUGUUGUUAAGCAUGCAAACCACUUAUCUCUAAUACUAGAACCCAAUAAACACCAUCAGGUUUGACAAAUGAUUUUAUACACACACAGUACAUUCAGUGUUCAGCUUAACUAUGAUAAAGCACUCCAUAUUUCAUAAAUUUGCCAUAUGUUCACAUAGUGAAAAUCUAAUACUUACAGUAGAAAUUUAACACGUGAAUGCAAUACCAUAAAAUGUUGUGUACUCUUAAGUCUUUCUAAAUAAAGAAAUACAAGUACAGUA